AUGUCCACCUUCCCCGAAGCCAUCGGCAUCCUCUCCAUCGGGGAGAUGGGCUUAGGCAUCGCCCAGCUCCUCAUCGCCCACAACUACCGCGUACUAACCUAUGCGUCCGAUCGGAGCGAAGCCACCCAACGCCGAGCCUGGAAAGCCGGGAUCGAACUCCGUGCCUCCCUGCAAGACCUCGUCGACCAAAGUGACUGUCUUCUCUCCAUCGUGCCUCCCCGCGACGCCCUCGACACCGCCCGUCGCAUCGUCGAGGCAUCCUCCGCGCGACCUUUAGUCCGCGAUACGCCUCUCUGGAUCGUCGAUCUCAACGCUGUGUCACCGCAAACGGCGCGUGAAAUCGCAGCCAUCAUCGACGCCGCGGGGUCGCAUCUUCGCUUCAUCGAUGGGGGGAUUGUCGGGGGUCCGCCGAGGCCGGUAUCAUCCGAGACGGUGUCAGCGGAUAAGCCGGCAUGGCAUUGUCCGAGCUUGAUCGUGUCGGGACCGGUCAAGUUACCCGAUGAGGAAUUAUCGCGGACGCUGAAUAUGAAGCAUCUCUCGGAGGAGAUUGGGGUUGCGACCGGGUUGAAGAUGUGUUUUGCGUCGUUGACCAAGGGGUUUACUUCGUUGGCCAUUCAGUCGUUUACCACGGCUCAUGCGUUGGGGGUAUUGCCGCAUCUGCAGGGGUUGUUGGAGGAGUAUAAUCCUGCGACGCUGCGGCUGGCCGAGAAGGGGCUGGUGGGGAUGCCGCCGAAGGCGUAUCGCUGGGUCAGGGAGAUGAGGGAGAUUGGGGAUACGAUGCGCGAUGAUGGGGGGUUUGAGAGUGAUUUGUUUUAUGCGGUAGCUCAGGUCUAUCAGACGGUGGCGGAUGAUCCGAUCCUCGGUCAGGAGAAGCCGGGCGAUCGACAACGAGGGCAGACGGUGCUGGAUGUGGUGGAAACACUGCAUAAAAGCUUGAAGGUCAAGACGGAGUAG